AUGAAAUUCGCGAUCCUUGCAUCACGGCUUCUCGGAGGCUCCAUCGGCUUUCAACAGAAUGCCCGAGAUGACUCCCUGGAUCUGGCAGCGAGAGAUAACCGGGCCACCGCAUAUACCAUGGUCCAGACGGUGACAAACUGGGUGUGCACCACCUAUACGACUACCAUGACGGGUCUGGUAGCAAGUAAGUCUCAACGAUGGUUUCCCGGAUCGCUGGCAUCGUCAACUUCCCAGGGAGCCCCUACCCCUAUGGUGACAGUAUUCCCAUCACCGGGCACUUAUACCAUCCCAGCUUCCACUGUGACUCUAACAGCACCAACAACAGUCUGUGCUGCGCAAACAACCUCUUUGGUUCCAGGCCCUCACACCGUCGGAGGUGCCACGACUAUCGUCCCGUCGCCUACUACAAUCACAGUUCCCUAUGCUAGUGUUGUAACAGCAGGAGGUACCGUCACCACUGAAAUCUUUUCCACUGUCUAUACCUGCCCGGGAGCUGGCACUUACACGAUUGGCGCAACAACUAUCACUGUUCCGGAAACAACAGUCUACGUUUAUCCAACGUCGACCUGUUACUAUCCAGGCACUUAUACAAUCCCAGAGAAAACCGUUACAAUCACCAAAACUUCGGAUAUCUACGUCUGUCCCUAUUCAACUUCGUCAACCUCGUCCGUAUCGGCAACGGCGACAACAACCACGUCAAGUGCCUCGUCAACAAGUUCGACCUCGAUGUCCGGAUCCACAACAUCCAGUUCAAGCUCUCAGAGUUUAAUGCCCACAAGUUUACUUUCUAGCUCCUCUGCGUCUGGCUUAUCGUCCAUUUCUACUCUCAGAAGCACUUCUGUACCUAGCUCGUCCUCACACAUGUCGUCUUCCUCGUCUGUAAGGUCCUCCAUUUCUCCAUCGUCUUCAGCUGCUGCGACUUCCCGUGCCUCUCGGACAUGUUCGCGGUCGUCAUCGAAAUCUCCCACACCAAGCUCUAGUGUCAAAACCAACACGCCGGUGUCUUCUUCAAGUACAUCAAAGACAUCCCUGUCAUCUUCCACGUCUGCUAUCCCAAGCUCAAGUGUCAGGGUCACCACUCCCACACCUAGCUCCUCGGUCAUCUCCACUACUAGUACUUCCAGAACAACUCAGCCUUCCACGUCUGCGAUCCCAAGCUCAAGCGUCAGGGUCACCACUCCCACACCUAGCUCCUCGGUCAUCUCCACAACUAGUACUUCCAGAACAACUCAGCCUUCCACGUCUGCGAUCCCAAGCUCAAGUGUCAGGGUCACCACUCCCACACCUAGCUCCUCGGUCAUCUCCACAACUAGUACUUCCAGAACAACUCAGCCUUCCACGUCUGCGAUCCCAAGCUCAAGCGUCAGGGUCACCACUCCCACGCCUAGCUCGUCAGUCUCCUCUACAACUAGCUCGUCAGUAUCAUCCACAACCAGUGCUUCCAAAACAACUCAGUCUUCCACCUCUUCCACCUCUUCCACCUCUUCCACCUCUUCCACCUCUUCCACCUCUUCCACCUCUUCCACCUCUUCCACCUCUUCCACCUCUUCCACCUCUUCUACCUCUUCCACCUCUUCUACCUCAACUCCCACUCCUACUGGUCCUUGUGGAGGCGGUACUGCCUAUGGGUACGCAACAAGCGCCGACAGUCGCGAUGACACCUUUAUAUCACUGAGAAUUGGUAACAACUGGGGCUGGGUGCUCAGUGGAGCACUUCCAAUGAGUGGCAACCUUUAUAUGGGUGCUGGAGGCAAUGACCUGUCCAAGGGCACUUUGGUGGGCACGUUCGAGAUUGCUGUGACAGGAAACCAUUUUACCGUUACCUACAGCAUUACCAACUCAUUUUACUAUCUCGAGCAAGUCCACUUCUUUUACGGAACCAGCUACCCAAGUCAUAUCGCGCCGGGACAGUUCCCCUAUGUUAAAAAUUUGUCUGGCGAAACGCAGUUCACUUUCGAAGUCCCAUAUAAUUCAGCUGAUCAUACAUUCAUCGUCCACGCAGCAAUCGGCGCUAGUUGCUAA